UAAAAUGGCUCUUGCUGCAGAGCUUCGUCGGCGAUUGUCCUCGUCUGAUUUCGGGCCUCCGGAGAAACGUCUUCGCCUAGCCGUUCAAAUUUUUGAGUCACCCCACCUGCGGGUCGCUCGCAAAGAAGAGGCUGUCAUAGAAGCCCUUUGCCGGCAAGAGUCAUGGGAGGCCCUUCGCGAAUGUCUUCAGAGCGAACGCUUCAGCAAGGCCAUCCUUCGACCCAGCAUCAGGAAAAAACUGGUCCAAGUUGCUGCCCGGGAUCCGGAGCAGGAGUGCGGCCGCCUGCUCUUGUCAGACCAGCAGACCUCCAAUUAUUUGGCCGCUCGACCACAGGAGUACACUGCUCUGUGCCACAGCGUGUUCUCCAACAAGCCAGACGUGGCAAGUCUCAAAGCGGCUAUUUCAUGUGCCAAACGUUCUCCAAACCCCCCUUCGUUGGCCCCUUUUCUUCCAUUCCUGGCUGAAGUUGAACUGGACGAAGCGGCUGUCCGGCUUCUGAUCACUGUCGUUGGCUCGGAACAAGAAAUUCUGGACAGUCUGGCGGAUAACGUUAGCCCUAACACUGUUGGCUUGGCUGCCAGAGUCGUUGCUGCUAAAUACGGACGCAGACACUCAAAAGCUGAGGAAUUUGUCUUUCAAGUUAUUGGACUUGCAAAGAGCAACGAAGCUCUCGGCCAGGCUUUGUCUGCUGUGGAGACCAUUGAGGACAGAGACAAGCUGAGUGCUGUUUUCCAAAGUCGACUUGCAGAUACAAGUUCUAAAAAUCUGACAGCAGCUUUCAAACCACUGGCCCAUCUUGAUAUUCUCUUGUUCGAGACCCUUCUUCCAAAGCUGAUGGCCAUUUCAAUCAAAGACGAAGCACUGGACGAGCUGUUAGUGGACGCCUUGACUGCCGCUGAGAAGGAACAGCGACCUCAUAAAUUGAUAUCUAAACUCCUGGACGGCAUAACAAAAAAUAACGAACCAAAACUUAUGAGGUUUCCACAGGCAUUAGUUUUAUCUGCCCUUACUUGGCCAUCAAAAAAUCUUGCAGCAGCUAUAUCUGCGUUGAUUUUUAAUUUGCUAAAUAAUACAGAGGAAGCAUUCUUCGUCUCAUCUGCAACCUUGCUGGUCAGUUUGCUAGAAGCUUCAAAAGCCGCCCAGCACAACACCCCUUAUCUGGUGCGGGAUAAAUUUGUAGGCCUGCAGCAACAGGUGCAACAGGUAUUGGAAAAAUUUGAGCCAAUUGCUAAAAAAGCUGCCAAGAAGAAACAUCAAGGCGCAUUUUUAUCAAAAUACCUAGAACUCUGCUUUGCCUUUGGCGAACUGAACUUGUUGCUGAAGCACUAUGCAGAAGAAGGCACCGAGUCUUGUUACGACGUGGGAUCAACCUUGCUGGAUUUCAGCUUACUCUUGUCCUUUGUGUCAGAUUGGCCCGAUUUUGCAAAUGAUGCUAUUGCUGUGGACGAAUGCAAGAAUAAAGUUGUUCUUUUGGUAGACCAAAAGAUAAGGGCUACCACUCUGUUGAAUCUUGACCUCGAUCAGGGGCAGCAAGAGGCAGCUGCAUUAAUGUUGGCUAGCUGUCCGCCUGGACACCUUCACUCAUCUUUGAACCUACUUCGUAAAAGCCUUAGCAAGUCAACGGUGGCUCAAGUUGCAGACUCCUUGGCAGCUAGUCUUCUCUUGAAUCCAAAGCAACAGUUCAGCAGUCAUUUUGACAAUUGCGUGGCCUUGGCUCUGUUGAGAGCCAUGAAAAAGUCAGACGCUGCCCACGGAGUCUUGGGAAAUCUCAAACUUUCUAAUGUGGUGGCACCCUGCGAUCCAAUGGAUGCUCCUGAUCCCAAGCCAAGGAACAACUUGAUGGCCAUUUUGCUGGCCUUUGGACAACUUCGAGUGACAGACAAAGCUACAAGACUUCUUUCUGCGGCCGCGUUAUUGGCUGCGUGUUAUAAUUUGAAAGACGGAUGGGAUGUAGCCAUACCUGUUUUGGUAACUCUCUUCAGUGAAAUUGAGAAUAAUUUCAAUUUGGGAAAAUUGAUCAAAUUCACUAAUGAGGCUACUGUGAAUGCUGAUGAAAGCAUGCUUAAGAAGUUUGUGUGCGCCCUGUUUUAUAAAAAGAUGCCUUCUGAAAAUGAUAUAAGGAGCUUCAAUUCUCGCUCGAUGAAACCCUUGGCACUGGUAUCUCUCAAAUUCUUACUGGACCAAAAGGGAUCGGAAAGUAUAAAAAAGCAGUUGGUUGACAUUGCCAUGGCGUACGGUGCAGAUUUGGAGAAGAUUAGGCCCUCCUUGAAGAACAAAAUUCCCAACAUCAGUAGAUCCUCUCCCCAGCAACUCACUGAUCUUUUCAAGAGCAAAACUGUCAUAGAUGCCCUUGCAGCAGAUAAGGCACUAAUUCGAAUGAUGCAAUUCAACCUUGCAGACAUGAAAACCGUCAAAGCUGCUGCAGUUUGCUUGAAUGCUUUUCUCACUUCAAGAUCUGCUCUUGCUGUAGAUCGUAUUCCUGUCAUUCAGCAAAAACUGCAAAAGAUUUGUGCAGCCAUUAUCGAAGGCCAAAAUGAAGACUUGGCUGUAGAUGUUGCACAUUUGGUUGAAGGCAUGGGUGUAGCAAUGGCCAGGCACAGAAAGGACUUUUCUCGCGCCGCCCCCUACUUUGUGGCUGAUGUUUUGCAUCUCUUUGAGACAAAAAAUAUUCAGAAGAGUGUCAAAGUUCACAUGGAAAGAUACAUGCAGGCUCUUCUUCGUCUCUGUGAUGAACAUGGUGAAUUGUUCCUUCUAAGAGCUUCCAGUCCUGCGUGUCAGCAAAUUCUACAUGCCCAGUUGGCAGAAAAAAAGAAAAUUGAGCGCUCUGUGUGAUACAACUCUCAAUAAGUAAUAUUUUUGUCUUCAUCUAUGCAUAAAAUAUUUCUGUCAUAAGAUUUUAAAUUUUAAGUAUUUGAAAUGUGACACUGACGUUGAAGUUAAUAUUUAGCCAUUCUAAAACCAGCAAGGAAUUUUUUUUAUUUAAAUCAUUUGUGGAAUCGAAAU